GAAGACAGUUUUCAGUCCAAUGUCAUUUUACUUUCGAUCUUCUCAAUUUUUUUAUCAUGAAAUAAUUCACUUUAUUUAGUCAUGGUCAGUACGCCAAGUAUUUCCAGUAGUUUGCCAUCACGAAGUAUUUCGCCAACUAAAAUCUUCUCCUAUGUCAAAGGAAGGCCAGGAGCAAUUAGAGAUAGACCAGGAACAUCAUAUUGUGCAACGUUGAUGCAUCAUAUGAAAGGCAAUAUUGGAACUGGAAUUUUUGCUAUGGGCGACGCUAUGAAACAUGCAGGAAUAAUUCUGGGUCCAGUUGGCCUGACUUUUUUGGGAAUUCUCAACCUGUAUUGUCAACAUCAAUUGGUGAGAGCAGCUGAUCAAGUAGCUUUCAAUCAUGACUACAAUGUGAAACCAGACUACGCAGAAACCGUGAUGGUGGGUUUCAUGGAUGGUCCUGAGAAAACAAGAAAUCUCUGUUUUUUCAUGAAAAGAUUAGUCAAUGCCUUCCUGAUAAUAACCGAAAUGGGGUUUUGCUGCGUCUAUUUGGUUUUCAUGGGGGAAAGUUUGGAAAAGACUUUGGCCAUUUAUGGUAUUCAUAAUUUCAGUACGCGAAUUCUAAUUUUGUUCACCUUUUUGCCAAUUUGGAUUAUGUCGCUGAUGAAUAACCUGAAAGUGUUAGUUCCUGCUUCGAUGAUGGCGAAUGUUCUGACGCUCGCUGGCCUACUAAUCACUCUGUAUUACAACUUUCUGGAUAUACCAGAUCCGUGGAGGCUUCCUCUUGUUGCUGAGUGGCAGAAAAUACCGCUGUUUUUUGGAACUGCUCUAUUUUCAUUCGAAGCCAUUGGAUUGGUUCUUCCGAUGUACAACGAAAUGAAGAAUCCGAGGCACUUCAACUCUUGGUAUGGCGUCAUGAACGUUGGUAUGAUAUAUGUCAUAGCUAUGAAUGUACUAGUGGGAGCUAGUUCUUACAUAACAUGGGGCGAAGAUAUCAAAGCAAGCGUGACACUCAAUCUACCUGCUGAAACUGAAAUUCUAGCACAGAGUGUUGUAAUACUAAUAGCGAUAUCUGUUGCAUUCACCUACCUUCUCCAGAUGUACGUUGCAUUUAUGAUCAUGUUUCCAUGGAUAUAUAGGAGAUUUGGACCAUUCCGAUUCCAAUAUUGGGUGGAGGUUUUAUUCAAGACUUUUCUUUCAGGGAUAGCUUAUAUUCUCGCGGAAACUAUACCUUAUUUGGGAGAAUUCAUCUCGCUAGUGGGCGCCAUUGGUGGUACUUCGCUAGCACUGAUAUUUCCACCGCUAUUGGAACUUGUAACAUUUCACGAGACAAUAGGAUGUUUUCAUAUUUUUAAGAAUAUUGUUAUAUUAGCAAUAGGAUUCACUGGUGUGGUUACUGGAACAUACACUUCAUGCAGGGAAAUAAUAUUAAAAUUCAUGGAGAGUAUAGAGUGAAUACAAAAACUGCAUAAACUUAUUAUUAUUUCAUAACGUAAGAUUUGAGGAACGUAGUCGAUUAUUCUUAGUGAAAUCUCUGUUUUUGAAAUAUAUAUUGCAUGAGUAAUAAAUUAAGCCUCAAGG